AUGAGUACAAAUAAUUUCGUAGAAUUUGAUCAAUCAAAAUGUGUCGACAAAAAAUAUGGGCAUCAACAUGUUAUGUCUUCAUUUACAACUUAUCCAAUUGAAACUAUUCGAGAUGAAAUUCGAAAGUCACCAAUUAAACCACCUACUAUUACACCAAAAUAUGAUUCAAAUUCGAUGUCAACUGUGCUCGAGUGGCAUGGUAAAAAAGAUGUUCGAAUUGCUCAACGACCUAAACCAAUAAUAACAGAUGAUUCAGAUGCUAUUAUUCAUGUAACAUCAUCAACAAUUUGUGGAAGUGAUUUACAUAUGUAUAAUGGAGAUAUGAAAGGUAUGCUAUCAAAAGAUAUUAUUGGUCAUGAAUGUAUGGGUAUUGUUGAGAGUAUUGGUCCUAAUGUAAAAAAUAUUAAAGUUGGUGAUCGAGUUGUUGUCAGUGCACCAAUUGCAUGUGGACAAUGUGAAUAUUGUAAAACUGGUUUAUUCUCAUUAUGUGAUAUAACAAAUGAUUCAAAGGUUAUGGAAACAAUGUAUGGUCAUAGAAUUUGUGGAGCAUUUGGUUAUUCUCAUUUAACAGGUGGUUAUGAUGGAUGUCAAGCUGAAUGGGUUCGUGUCCCAUUCGCUGACGUUAAUUUAUUAAAAAUUGAAAAUAAUCGAUUAACUGAUGAACAAGUUUUAUUUCUUAGUGAUAUUGUUUGUACUGCAUGGCAUGCAAAUGUCUUAGGUGGAGUUGGUCCAGGAACAACAGUAGCUGUUUGGGGUGCUGGCCCUGUUGGUUUAUUAACUGUUAUGUGGGCUAAAUAUCGAGGUGCAAAACGUAUUUUUUCAAUUGAUUGUAUUGAAGAACGUUUGGCGAAAGCUCGAACACAAGGUGCAGAAACAAUUGACUUUUCUAAAGAUAAUGUUAUUGAAACUAUGCAAAAAUUAUUACCUGGCGGUCCUGAUGUAUGUAUUGAUGCAGUCGGUUUCCGUUAUACAAAGGGCAUGGUUCAUAAAAUGCAACGAGCUGUCUUUCUUGAAACGGACUCACCUGAAGUUUUAGAUGAAGCAAUUGUUGUUGUUCGAAAAGGAGGCAGUGUUGCUAUCAUUGGAGAUUACUUUUAUAAAUCAAAUCAAUUUCCAAUUGGCACUUUUAUGGAAAAAGCUGUAACAAUGCGAGGUGGACAACUCUAUUGUCAAAGUUAUUGGCAUGAUCUUCUUAAAAUUAUCGAAAAUGGGGAAGUUGAUCCAACAUUUAUUAUUACGCACACAAUGGAAUUAUCACGAGCUGCUGAAGCUUAUAAAAUGUUUGACGAAAAGUCAGAUGGAACAAUUAAAGUAGUACUCAAAACUGCUUUUGCUGCUGUUCAACAAACCUCAAAUUAA